AUGGUCCAAUCGACAAAAGACACCCGCGUUCCUACUUUCAUCCAGUUUCCAGAAGAUGAUAAGGCAGUCUCAAAGGAUAAGAAAAAGAGAAAGACAACCCGUAAGACAGAGCCAAAAAGCAAGAUGAGCAAUGACGGUAGCGAAAAGGAAGCUCCUGUAACUGAAACAAAAAAGAGAAAGAGAAAGACAACGACGACUAAGCCUAGCAAGAAACAAUCCAAGACUGCUAUUAAAAGAGACGAUAUUGAUGAAGAUUUUACCAAUAUUCAGGAAACACCAGUUGUUGAGGCAAAGGAUCAGAUAUGGAUAGGUGCUGCUUUUAUCGAUGGACGUGGUUCAUAUACUAUUUAUUAUGGUGAAGACGAUGAGCGCAAUUUUAGUGCUUUGUGUGGUAAUGAACACCGUGUUCGCGACUUGGAUUAUGUUUAUGUGCUUGCAACAGCAGUGGCCAUUGAAAAGUUGAAUAGUGAUUCAAGCUCGCCCUUGAUUAUCUAUACGGGAUGCCGUGAUCUACCACGUGAGCAUUUAGCUAUAUCUGAAGGAGAAGGAUUCAGUCACUAUGCAACAAUGAUCAAGCGUAUAUGUGAAAGUAUCAAAGAAAAAGCCAGAGAAAUCCAAGUGCGACAUGUCUCAACUCGCCAUUUAUCAAAAGAGCAAAAGGCUGCUAUAGAAUUAGCUACUAAAGCGCUAGAGGCUCCUGAGCAAGUACCUCAAGAAGUAGAAGAGCAACAGCCAGAGAAUGCCACUGACAUUGUAGAAAAUGUCCCUACAGAAACGAUCGAAAUAGAAAAGGAUACAAAGGAUAUUAGUAUAAGUGUAGAGAAAGAAGUAAUAGUAAAAGAGGAUAUAAUAGUACAAGAAGAAAAAGAAGAGGAGGAUAUAGUUAUGGAAGAAGCUGAGCAACCGAAACAAGAGCAAGAGCCUACCUUAGCCAGAACGUCAUCAUGGACAGCCGUAUUUAGUAAUAUCUGGGAUACUUUAAGUUCUCCAUUCAAGCCUAAGAAAUAA